GUGAGUGAUGGGGUGUAUUCAUCAGUUAAAGAACCAAACGGCCCAACAUACGAUACACCAAAGGAAUUGUCAUUGAUAGAUUUUGGUGAAGAUGGUGGAAAAAACCUGUAUGAUAACUCAGAAAAAACUUCAAAUAAUGCUAUGACCGAGUUUGAUCCUACACAGUCAGAUUUUUAUGAUAACCACAAACUGAAAGGUGGGCUAGCUUCUCCACAGAGUACCUUGGAUCCAUUUGAUAUGGAGCCAUUCAACUCGUCCCUGUCCAAUGGACAUGGAGAGUCAGAGGGUGGGGCAGCUGGGGGAGGGGACAUGGCCAAUGGAAAUGGUGCACCAAAUAAAUCGCCAAUUUUUGAAGAAUGGUUCCAUGGUAACCUAAGCAGGAAAGAUGCUGAGAAGUUGUUACAGAAUGAUGGUGAUUUUCUUGUACGACAAAGCUCGGCUGAUCAGAAUCAGUAUGUACUCAGUGGCCGACAGAAUGGUAUAGUUAAACAUCUGUUGUUGGUGGACCCAAUGGGAGUGGUGAGAACAAAGGACCAUUCAUUUGACAGUGUACCUCAUUUGAUACAGUUCCAUAGAACACAGAAAAUACCAAUUGUAUCACAGGAGAGUGAACUUCAUUUGAAACAACCAAUCAGUAACAAGCUUACAAUGUGCUGAUGACCAAUAAAAAAGAAAAGAAAAUACAAAUGUUUACAACCAAUUAGUAACAUGUUUACAAUGUGCUUAUGACCAAUGAACAGGGAUAAAUAAAGAAAUAUACAACCAAUCAGUAACUUGCUUACAAUUUGCUGAUGACUGGGAACAAAAAAGGAAACAAACAUACUAUUUCCAAAUGAAAUUUAAAGAUAUAAUUAUGCCCAAUAAACAAACAAGAAGCUUAUAUUAUUACGUUGAAAGGAAUACAAGAUUUUGAAAGAACCAAUCAACUACAAGGUAACAUUGUUCCAAAAAGAAUAAAAUUUAUUUGAUGGAACCAGUUGGCAACUAAUAAACAUUCUUCUUAAAGGAAUACAGUAUGUUCAAUGGAACCAAUCAGCUACUAGUUUACAUAGGUCUGAAAGGGCUAAGAUAUAUAUCUGAAGGAACCAGUCAGCAUCAUCGUAACAUUCUUCUAAAAGGAAUACAAUAUGUUUAAUGGUAUGUUCAAUGGAACCAUUCAGUUACAAGUUUACAUAGUUCUGAAAGGACUUAGAUAAGGAACCAAUCAGCAUCAAGAUAAAAUAUUUUGAAAGAAAUGAAAUAUAUUCAUAUAAAUCAAUCAUCAAUAAGUUUUAUAAAUAUAUGGAAAUGGUGGUCUAUUGUUAGAAAACCUUGGUGUUGGUAUUUAGAAUCAUGCUUGAUUUGUGUUUGAUAUUAGCCACUUUUUUCUGUAAUACAUAUGUAUUAACAAGUUUUUAUUCUUUAAUCAACUACAUGUACACUUGUAAAACUGCUAACCCACUCACAGUUGUUUUAACAUUUCUGUAAACUUUGGUAUACAAUUAUACCUACAAAAGUUGGUAUCAAAUGGCCUUCAAAAAUACUAAAACUGUGAAAUUGUAAAGCAAUUUUCACUCUUAUCAUAUGCCAUUGUUGUUUAUUGAAAAGAACCCUGGGUUUUUGGACUGGUAAACUUCCUUCAGGAACAAUGGAUGUGCAUGUUUACUUCACAUUUUUGAAAGAAAAAAAGUUUUCAAUAAAUUUUUUUUAAAAAGUUUUCCAUUAUAUAACCAGUCUGUGAAAUAUGGAUGAAAGAAUCAGUGAUUCAGUCUAAGAAAUAUUGGUGAAAUAGCCAGUCUGUGAAAUAUGCAUGAAAUAACCAGUCUUUGAGAAAUGGGUGAAGAAGCCAACCUGUGAAAUUAAGUGAAAUAGCCAACCUGUGAAAUAUGGGUGAAAUAGCCAACCUGUGAAAUAUGGGUGAAAUAGCCAACCUGUGAAAUAUGGGUGAAAUAGCCAGUCUGUGAAAAAUGGGUGAAAUAGCCAGUCUGUGAUUGCAUGAAAUAGCCAGUCUGUGAAAAAUGGGUGAAGCAGCCAGUCUGUGAAAUAUGGGUGAAAUAUCCUGUCUGUGAAAUAAAGUGUACUGGGGAAAUAACCAGUCUUUGAAAUACAGGAGAUUAUUUGAAAUUUAACACAUCUAUAAAUUCACAAACCACAGUGUGUGGGUUACUAGCUUUAAAGAGAAACAUGUAAGGUUUUAGGAAAUUCAAUAUACAAUCUUUUCAUCUGUUAGUUUUAUUUAUGUUGACACAAUAUUUAGAUUAUUGUUUUGGUAGUACAUAGUGCAAAAAGUGUUAAUUAGUAUAGUAGCUAUAUCUUUCAAAAAAGAGUAACAAAACUAACCCAUUUUCAUGUCUUCCACCACAUUCAAAUCACAGUUCAUAUAAUUCAAUGCUUUUUUAUGGUCAUUAAGAAACAUCUACCAUUUUAAUGUAACUGUAUGGAAGGUUUUUUUUUUGUAAAUAAUCACUAGUUAUUAAUAAUUUGCCAUUUUUUUGUGAAACAAGUUAAAUACUAGUUGAGCUAUACUUUAAAAAAAAUCUCUGUUCACAUGAGAAUAACUGUCAAUAUUAUUGUAAAGAAACCAUAAUUAUUGAAUUUUGUUGAUAUAAUGUAUAUUUUAUUACCGUACAUUGUAUUUGCUGUAUCCUGCCGUGGCUUAUGUGCCAGAGCAAAUUAAUGAAAUUUAAACAACAUAAAAAUUACUACAAUAACUUAUAUGAGAGGAACAUGUUUAAAAAGUUGUAUGCACUUAGUACGUUUUUUUUUUGUUUUUUUUUUAACAUUAAUAUCUUCACUUGCCUUUCAUACAAUAAAUAUAAACAUUAUGACAGUUCUUUAUGCAUUAAACAUUACAAAUUUGCAGUAUUAUAAAUCAAUAAUACAUGUUUUAGAUUUAAGGGGAUUAUAGCCAUUAUGAAGUUAUAUCUCAAUUUUUAAGAUGGCUAAAUAUAGAAUCAGUACGCCUUAUGGCAAAAUGCAGAGGUUUUUUAUUGAUUUUUGUAAAUUAAAGCAAAUUUUGUAAGUCUUUCUGUUAAAAAAUGUUACUGUUUGACUAUCUGUCUGGGUGACUGUCCUCUUUUUCUAGCAUACUAAAGCACUCAUUUGUAUAUAUAUUAUUUAUAAAUGAGUGUACCCACUAUUUUUGAAAUCUUUUUUGCAUGAUUUUUACAUCUUAAGUACUGAAUAUGUAAAUUGCUUAUUUUGUUGCAUCCACAACUUACCUUACCUUCGAGUGCAUAACAUGCACAUACUGUCAUAUAACAUUUUAUUCGAUUUUACAUAUAUAAUAUAUAAAAAAAGUGCUUUACUCACUCCCACUGAAAUAUAUUAUUUUGUUUGCGUGAUCUUUUCAUGACAUUCCAAUAUUUGAUGCUUGAUUUAUUUUCUAAUUUUUUUUGCAAUGCUGUAAGCAAUGUGAAAUUAGAAAA